AUGCUACGAAGCUUGAUCUUUCCCAACAGCGGCGCGUCGUUGUUCCAGCCUAUUGUAACGGCAUUGGAGACCCUCAAGCCGUGGGCCAGGAGCGUUAGUUCCGCGGAUUCGUUGUUUGUGUCUUCCUUUGUUGUUGACGAUGAGCUUAAAAACACCAGUUUUGUUCCCUGUGCCGUCGACGAGUUCGAAUAUGACUUCCAGGACCCAAACCCAUUUAACUGGGACCUCCAGGACGUUUUGAAACAACACCAUUCCGGAAUAACAUCCACAAAACAAAAACAACAACCGGCAGAGUCGUACCAGUUCCUGGCAGACCUUGACGAUGAAUCAUCCGACGAUGAAGCCUACUACGGCAAUGAAUACACUCUGGACCACGAACACUUUCUCCAUUUCCAACACUCCACACUCGAACCAGCCGCUUCCACGAAAAACCCCGCUCAAACGGACGAAUUAGUGUCUUCCGUUCCGUCCCUGGACCACAACAACACCACCCCUUCCAACUCCUCAGGGUCCGCUUCCUCCCCCGCUCGCUCGCCUCCAACCUCCGACUCAGAGCUCGAGUCGUACACGUGUGAGAUCUGUCAUGCCUCGCUUAAACUUAAGUCCUACCUUACAAGGCACAUGAAGAAACACCGCGACAUGCUUCCGUACAAGUGUCCGUACCACACGGGCAACAGAGACACUCACAAUCCCGCCUACUGGUGCGAACAGUACGGCACCGUGUGCCAUCCUACGGGAGGCUUUUCCAGAAGAGACACUUUGAAAAUGCACCUACGGGCACGCCAUUUCAUAUACCCAAUGGGAACUCGUCUACAGAGCAGAGGCAACACCCCUGGAAGGUGUGGUGGCUGUUUCAAGGAGUUUGCUACUAACACAGAGUGGAUGGACGACCAUGUUUGCAAGAACCUAUGUCCUGCGUUCGUAAUGAAGUAUACAUAG